CGCGAGCUGUUGCUAGGAGGCGCUGUUGCUAGGAGGCGCUGUUGGAGCCCGGAAGAGUCACAAAUGAUGAUGAUUUGGCAGCCAAAUACAUCCAUGUGGACUCCCGAGGUUGAAAUGAGCGUCGGGUUCGUGUCACAGCGGCCGCUUCACUGACUGUCGGCAGCAUUUGUCGGACUGUCUCUCUAUUCUGAAGGUUUCCUGCAGCGAUCCACGCCCCGCGCGGCCCGAGCCUGCGCGUCCUCUGACCGGUGGACACCCGCCUGACGCCACGCUCUCUGUCCGGUCCAACAGCUGGGCGACGAGGCCACAUGGUGUGCGUUUCCCACUCGUGGGUAUGCAGUGGGUGUAUGGGCGUCCAGAGAUGGAAAGCUACGAGGAGUUCUGCCUGCGGAGUUUGGCCGCGCUGCAGAACAAGAGGAAAUACAAGAAGGGGACAUGUGAGCCACCGUGUUCCCUUAAGGCUGGCUCGCUCAUCCGCGUCCACGGGCGAGCCGUGCUUUCCCCUCUGCUGAGCACUGAGCAGCGCGCAGAGAUGUGUGACUACAGGCGGAGGGCGGUCCAGCUGGAGUCGGACAGGAAGAACAAGCAGCGAAGCAAGAUUCUGGCCCAGGCUCUGUACAUACUGGAUCAAGCUCAGGCCAGUUUUGUAGAAUCAGCGCAUACAGAAAGUGAAGAGACAGACCAGCUGCUGGUUCCUAAAGCUGCAGCAGUCACAGGCUACACCCUGGUUACGGACUCACCUGAACUUACCAGAGGCUCCGGGUUUGAGCUUCAGACAAAUGACCGACCGGCCUCUCCGCUCACCGACACCACUAAGGAGGUGAAGCUGGAGCAGGAGGAGGAGGAGGAGGAGGAGGAGGAGGAGGAGGAGGACAUUAGCUUGGACAGCCUGCUCAAGAGAUCACGAGAGUAUGUGAAGAGAGAGCAGAGUCAGCAGCGCUCAAACGUUGGGACCCCCCCGCCUGACGCCGCCUCCGACAAGGAGAACAGUCCCACAGCUGACGCCGGAGUGGAGUUUGGCUUCAGCCUGCACCAUAGUCCUGUUGGCCCAGCUCAGCCCCUGCACGAGCCCAGUCCCCGAGCGUCCGGCUGCCUCUCGCCCGCUCCGCCUGAGCGUUACGCUCGUCUCCCCAGUCCACAGUCCAGCAUCAGCCCCCGAGCACAGAAACGCAGGCCACGCCCAGUUUCUACAGGCAACAUCCACAUUUCAUUCCCCAUCGGCGCAGCAGACCCGAUCCCCCGGAGCCCGGGGAGGUCCGGGGAAGGUGCUGCCGCGUCAGACCGGGGAGCCACACAUUCCCCCGGCCAGCGGUGCUCCGUGGGGGGUCCAUCCAGUCACUGUGGUACCACUCCAGAGCAUGAAGCCUAUGGACCCGUCAGUGCCUCGGUCCUGGGCUCAGUGGGACCCCGUGACCAUCUGGCCGCAGGGUUCCGCCGGCGCUGCCACACCCUGGACGACCAGCUGCACAGCUUCAAGCCUGGAGCCGAGCACAUCGACCGCAGCCAGGAAAGGAUCCCUCGCUUCAUGGCGGGGGUCACGUGGGCGGCGCCCGCUCGACGGACUCCGGCCGCCGCCUUGAACCAGUCCUACGAGGUGGAGAAUCCCUUAGCGUCUCUGACGAGGCCCCGCGUGUCUCCUGACUCGACGCAGGUCCCAGUCAUGAUGAGGCCCGAUGAUCUUCAAGGACUGAAGAAUGGGAGGAUCUCAGUAAAAGCUACUGAUGCACAGACGGGCAAGACAGAGGAGACCCAGAGGAGAGCACAGGCUCCGGAGGACAUGCAAAGGCGUCUGGAGGAGGAGCACGCGUUGCAGAUGUCUCUGCUGCUCGCUGAGCAGGAGAAGGAGCAACAGCGCCUCCGCCUGGAGCUUGAGGAGACAGAGAGAAGACUGAAAGGGAAGAGAUGCGCACGGCCCUUAAGUGCAGACGCCUGUGACUGGAAUCAUACGUUCGUGACUGACAGCUGUCCGCUCAUGAGCCCUUCCUGCCCGAGGCUAAGCCCCGCCCACACGCCAUCACCUGGACACAGUAUAGGGUUCAGCAGUCCUGUCUCCCCCAGCGGGUCCUCACCCUCUGUCCAGCCUCCCGUCUAUCUGUGGGGACCCUCUAGAGCAGCUGGCAAACCUCGAGCAAGGCUGAGUCAGGUUCUAACAGCAGAACAGCACAGGGCGCUGUCCCGAAUCGGAGCCCUCGUCCGCGGCUUCCUCACUCGCAGACUUCUCAAAACAGACAAGGUCAAACAGCUGCGGCAGACUGUUGGGGACACGCAGGAAUUCAUCCGCUCGUUCCAGAUUGAAGCAUCGCAGAAGAAAUGCAGCUACUCAGCACAAGAUCAGUCUUUGCAGGAGAGAGUUGGAGCCCAGCUUCGCGCAGCCCUUUACGACGUCCAUGACAUCUUCUUUGAAAUGCCUCUGAGGGACCGACUGUCUUUACUGCAGCAGGACCGGGAGCUCCGUGCAGAAAGGAAGUUACGAGACAUGGAGAAAACCAAGUGCCCCAAGGAGAGAGCGGUUCUGUCUGCGGCUACACAGAGAUCUCUGGACAGGAAAAAGAAGGUCAGUGAAUCUCCAGCUCAGGCUAGGAAGAUGCAGCAGAAGCCAAAGAGCCCCACCACCAACAGAGUCCUGAAGCCCAGUCAAGGCCAAAAUUCUCCAGUUCAAGCACAGCUGAACCGGCAAGGGAGCUGGUACAGAAAGACGCCAGAGGAGAGAGUGAAGCGCUCUGACAACCUGAAGAAGCAGCAUUCUCUCGGUUAACACGUCUCUACAUCCCCUGAUCUGUGGAACCUUUGGUCUGUUAAUACAAAGUUUGCUUCAGUUAAACUCCAAUAAUCGCUGCUAAGAGUGUGAUUGUCCUUCAUCAAGUGAUUGUAUAAACUACCACAUUGCCAGUAUGUGAAUGGCUGUAGAUUUUUGCAAUAUCAUAACAGAUUAGUAGAUGAAAGACAUUACAUUGUUUGUAAAAGGAAGACAGAAACAGAUCAGAGCUGAAGUUCAAACUAUUUCCGUGCCUAAAAACAAAGUGGCUGUAACAUUUUAACCUGUUCAUAAACACCCAGUGCUUUAAUUUUAUAUUUUGUUCAAGGGCUUUUAGUUCAUGUUUUAUUUAUUUAAUGGUGCUACGUUUACAGUUCUUCAGUUUAGAAACUUGAGUGUCUUACUAAAAAUAUUGUGGAAUGAAAUAGUCUAUUGUAUUUGUUUACACACUGAUACUUUUUUGUAGCCUCAUAUAGAGGUGCACAGCAUAAACAUAUUAUUUAAACAUAUUAAACAUGAAUUGGUACAAUUGGUAAAUUUAAACAUUGUCAGUGGAAUUGAUGUUUUUAUUUAAAAUGUCAAAAUGGUUUCUAUGACUACAAUAAAUUCUAAUAUUACUUGGAUGAUCCUGA